AGAAGGAACUGAGCAGGAGAAGAAUUCAGUCGAUUUUAAAAACCUCCUCUACUUUUUUUCUUAACAUUCAAACUUCAUCGGACGUCCUUCUCAAAAGAUCUACUUAAUCUUUAGUGUUGAUCGUUGCAGUAUUUGAAAAAAAGAAAGAAAAAUGAUGAGCACCAAAGUCAUCGCCUUGUCCAUCGGGCUGCUCCUGGCCUGCCUGGUCGUCAGUGAAGGGAUGAGUGUGAGAAGCCUGGGAUUGGAGCUGCACUGCCGCUGCAUCGGUACAGAGAGCAAACCCAUCGGCCGCCACAUCGAGAAGGUGGAGCUGAUUCCUGCCAACUCCCAUUGCGACGAGACUGAGAUCAUUGCCACUCUGAAAAGGACCGGCCAAGAGGUUUGCCUGAACCCUGAAGCUCCCUGGGUGCAAAAAGUGAUCAAGAGAAUCAUGUCCAACAGAAGACGCUGAACAGACCGGCAGAGAUGAGCUUCCCCGAGUCUGAGCAGUCACAAAGCAAAAAUGGAAAGUACCGAAAAGUAUUUGUUGUCAUCGCACUCACCUCAUUUUAACCGCGGUGGGCCACUGAAUGUCCUGAUCGACUGUUAAAAAGGGCAACUGAAUUCGACCACGACGGUUAUGUUUGUAUCAAACACGUUAUUUAUUAACAAGCCAUGUGCUUGUUUGUGACUCACUUGUAAGUUGUAGUCAAUUCUGCUCUGCUGUCACUUGGCUGCAAGUGUAGCAGCCUGUAGUUUAUAAAACUGCAUAACUGUUGUCUUGUCCAUAACGUAAGUGUUCAGCAUAUUUAUUGAUGUAUUUAUGGACCGUUAAUGUAUUUUGGAUUCAGGUGUGUAGCUAUGCUGACUCACCUGUUUAAUUAAAAGAUUUUACACAAAAUUCAAGAUGGAAUUUGUUUGUUUGUUCUUUUUUUUUUUUUUUCGUUAGUCUUUCCUGCUGGGUCUCUUGCAAGGCUUCAGCCAUUGGAUGAGCUUUGACUUCAGUAACUGUAACACUUUCUGUGACGCAAGUUACUGUCAUGCAUUAUUCAUUAUUGAUUGUCAUUCAAAGGUUCAUGUUUUUCUUUAAGUACAGUGAAAAAAUAUAAUGAAAUCCAAGCAGAGGAACAACACAGCAUUAAUUAGAUCUUUACUUAAAGCAAUGCACAUUUAGUCACUUAUAUCGCAUAAUAAUGUAUCAUAACGGUUAUUAUUAUGCAUCAGUCAAAUAUAAUGAUUUACUACUAUAAUGUAUACUACUAUAAUGAAUUAUAAUGUAAUUCACUGAUGAUCCUUGCAAAAACAGACAUGACAUAACAGUAAUGAAAUAUUGUGAUACUUGACCUGAUGAGUAAUUAUAAAAUGCUUGAUAAUGUUUUAUGAUUAUCAAUGUCAAACAUUAUGGCUAUUUAUGAGUGCUUAGAACUAUUCUUAUUCAGUGCAAUAGGCAGAUAAACAACAAAUAACCAACUACGUGCACAGUUGUUACAACAACGUAGGCUUAACAAACUGAAGGAAACGUUUACUUUAAGACUUUUGCUGAUUACUUUAAAAAUGAAAUGAAGUCAUACUGUAAGACUCGUUAAAAUAUACUAUGUUUAAUACCAUUAAAGUACUCAAAGCCACUUCUGUGGUAGUUUCUGCUAGAGGUGACUCCAGGACUGUACUAUGAUGACACACAGACUCACAAGGUGAAAACAAUACCAGCGCCACGCUGUCGCAGCUGGUAAUUAUAAUGUUCUACCAAUACACACCCUUCUCUUUUUCACACGAGGAAGUGCUUGGAGUUUGUCCUGGAACUACUCCAAAACACUUCCUUAUGGGACUGUAGUCACCACAGAUCACCUCACUAUCCUCCCACGGGGCCUAACCCUGGG